CUCUUUAGCCCCGCGCCCACCCUCGCUGACCUAAUAAGGCCAUGAGGGAUUGAGGGGGCCCGGCAUAAAAGGGGCGCCGGCGGGCCGCGCACGGCGGGAGCGGAGGCAGCACCCGGCACCGCCAUGGCCAAGGAGUGGGGCUACGCCGACCACAACGGUCCUGACCAUUGGCAUGAACUUUACCCGAUUGCCAAGGGAGAGAACCAGUCUCCCAUUGAACUGAACACUAAAGAGAUCAGCCACGACCCUUCCCUGAAGCCAUGGACAGCAUCCUAUGACCCAGGCUCUGCCAAAACCAUCCUGAAUAAUGGGAAGACCUGCAGAGUUGUGUUUGACGAUACUUAUGACAGGUCAAUGCUGAGAGGUGGUCCCCUCGCUGCGCCCUACCGGCUCCGCCAGUUUCACCUCCACUGGGGCUCCUCUGACGAUCACGGCUCGGAGCACAGCGUGGAUGGAGUCAAGUACGCAGCAGAGCUUCAUUUGGUUCACUGGAAUUCAAAGUAUAACAGUUAUGCAACUGCUCUGAAGCAUCCCGAUGGUAUAGCUGUAAUUGGUGUUUUCCUGAAGAUAGGACGUGAGAAAGGCGAGUUCCAGCUGUUCCUUGAUGCACUGGACAAAAUUAAGACGAAGGGCAAGGAGGCGCCCUUCAACAACUUCAACCCGUCCUGCCUGUUCCCCGCCUGCCGGGACUACUGGACCUACCACGGGUCCUUCACCACGCCACCCUGCGAGGAGUGCAUCGUGUGGCUGCUGCUGAAGGAGCCCAUCACGGUCAGCUCCGACCAGAUAGCCAAGCUGCGCACCCUGUACUCCAGCGCGGAGAACGAGCCCCCGGUGCCCCUGGUGAGGAACUGGCGCCCCCCGCAGCCCAUCAAGGGCAGGAUCGUGAAGGCCUCCUUCAAGUGAGGCUGCUGGAGCUCGCCCUCUUCAGGAAAGGAAGCCGACCCUGCAGAGCUUGGUCCCUCGCCUCCUCUUGGUGCUUCUGACUCCGGUAUACUCCAGGUCCAUCCCCGUGUUUCCACGCAGAGCAGAGCAGAUGAGAGACGCCAUCACCAGGAAAUCAGAGCUACUAUUCCCAGGAUCUGAUGUGAGAGCGCUUGGCCUCUGUGAUAAUCACCUUGCCUAUAAAAGUAGCAUUUCUAGUAAGGUUUCAAAGAAGAAGAAGAAGAAGAAGGGUGAGGAGAGUAAAGACAGGGAAAAAGUGGCUCCUGGGCACCGUUUCUGUGUCAUCUUAAAUUUCACAGAACUUCCGUCGACCCUUUUCCUAUGUAUGAUGCCUUAUCCAUCUUAAAGAAAUAGUACUUUUAUAUGCGGGCGUAGAGGAGUCUGCAGAUCCUGUAGCAGAAAUUAAAGUGACUGUGAACAUCAAGAAUGGAGAUGAUUAUGCGUUUUAACCCUUAAAUAAACCAAUAAGAAGUGCCUCACUUAUUAACAUUUAAAACCGCUGUAGAGAUUGCCUGGUUUUGAUUAUCAAUGAAAGUAAAACACACUGACCAGGAAUUCUUUUUAUAAUUUGACCCAUUACUUGAAUGUUUUCUUCAUGAAGAUAGUUGACUUUAUCCUGAUAUUUUUCUUUACCUGAAGGAGGGCCAUUUAUUUUUCAUUCUACUACUUUUAUCUUUGCAUGCUUCUUAAGGUAAAAAAUGUCUCUGAUGUAUUUCCAACGUGAGGGUGGGAUUAACAAGCCCUAGAGCUCGCAGGAGUGAAUGACUGCCCUUGAAGUAAAAGCAGUUAUGCUGAUCAUCAAGACUAAUAAAGACACAGAUGCAGACA